AUGGCUACUCGUUCAUUGGUCCCAACUUUUAUUAUGAAAACAUUCGAAAUGCUAGAAGAUCAAUCCAUAUCUCAUAUUGUCUCUUGGACUGAAGAAGGAUUAAGUUUUGUAGUGAAAAGCCAAAAGUUAUUAUAAUAAUAGGUUCUGCCACAAUAUUUCAAACACAGAAACUACUCUAGUUUUCUAAGACAAUUGAAUUUGUAUAAUUUUAAAAAGAGUAAACACUAAGACGGACAAGAGUUUAAACACAAAUGCUUCAGAAAAGGAGUUAAACAGAUGUUGUAAUUUAUAAAAAGAAGAAACAAUGAUGAUGGGAAUUAAGAAUCUGUCAAUCCUAAUUAACCAUCUGCUAAACUGAAGGAGGAGUAAAACAUCUUAAGAGUGUGCGCAUCUGAUAUCAAAGACACAAAUACAAGGUUAGACGAGGACAUGCAAAUAUUGAAAUAAAAGAGUGGGGUGCUUUUGGAAGAAAUGUGGAAUCUCAAAAAGUUAUUGCACAGUCAGUUCGAUCAAGUGAAUCACAAAUUGGAGAGGAUAGACAUCAUUAUAGGGGCAAUGUCUUAACACAAAAAAUUCAAAAAUAUCUCCUAAUAUUUCACUACUAAAUUCUUAUAGAACGAACUACACACUCUGGAAACCAACUUAAAUUAACCACUCUUUGAAUCGCCAAAAUAAGAAGUUGAUGAUUAGGAAUAAAUCAAGGCAUUAUUUGAGGAAUUGCAAAACCUCAGCAAACCAAUUUAAUUUGAUUGAGCAUUUUUGUUCAAUUUAUAUAGAUUUUCAAUCAAAAAUUAAAUAAAUUUUGA